AUGAACGCCACCAGUUUCAUCAUAGCUCGCUGCAUCUUAGGAACCAUACGCCUUCCGCGCCCUGCGCACUACUCCGCAUAUCGAGCGCGGAUUUUCUCCGAACGUAUCAUCGUCGGCGGCGCCGCGUUGUCUUCUGUGCCACCACCGGAAGCUAGGGCGCUGCCGCAAACGAUGCACGAACUAUGCAAGACCGUUGUCGGAAGGUGGAGUGAUGCCGCAAAGCGAUCCAAGUUGCGACCGCCCUGUAUGCCUGCAAACCGGUUCACCUCCACCAGAGUCACCGCGUUCGACCGCCUCGGCCAGCCACACGCCGCUGGCAUCCACUCGAUCAUGAUCUGGACGGACUGCUGUGGCAAGGUCUGA